AUGUCGACGAUGGUGAUGAUUUUUGCGGUGCAGACGUUGAUGACGAAAGAGCUGUUCGAUUUGAGCGAGUCGCAGGAGAAGGCAAAGUUGGAAUCCGCCGGGAUACGUUUUCGAUUACAAAAGUGGUACUUUUAUUUUUGUGCGGCGUUUACGUUAUACGGGAGGAUGGGAAGGCAUUUUUACUUGACCUCGUUGGCAGAGAAAGGACACUUUUUCAUGGACGAGACGACCACGUUUGCGAAAGUAGUUACCUGGGUGAUGUUGCAUCACUCGUUCAUCAGUUAUUCGUUAUACAUGGGCGGCUUCGUCGCUUUCGUUUUGUUGUUGAGAAAAGGAUUAUUCAAGUACCAAUUCUCGCAGUUCGCGUGGACGCACAUUACGAUUGCUAUAAUCUUUUUGCAAUCCUCGGCGACUAUUUCGAACAUAUUUGAAGGCAUCAUAUGGUUCUUGUUCCCGUUUCUGUUGGUGGUCGUGAACGACGUGAUGGCGUACGUCUGUGGAAAAGCGUUUGGUCGAACGCCGCUCAUCGCGCUUUCGCCGAAGAAAACUUGGGAGGGCUUUAUCGGCGCCAUGUUUUGCACCGUCGUCAUGGCACCGAUUUUAUCCACGUUUCUCGGGAAAUUCAAGUUUCUAACGUGUCCACCUAUGCGUAAAACGAUUUGGAAAACGAGCGAGAAGUUCGGUUUGAUCACCAAGUUUGAUAAAUACUUCUCGCGAGAAGCCGUGUGUCAGUUGAAACACCCGUUCAUACCGAUGAAGUUUAACAUCGACGACGUCCCGAUGGUCCCUUUUGGAAUGAAAAUGUUCUUGAGGCUCAUAUUGAGGUUCGCGUACAAUCGAGACUACUUAGUUCUCACCUGGUUCGACGUCCACGCUGGAUUUUUGGCUCUUUUUGCCUCCAUAGUCGCACCCUUUGGAGGCUUCUUCGCGUCUGGGUUUAAGCGCGCGUUCAAAAUCGACGAUUUCGGCCACACCAUCCCUGGUCACGGCGGUUUCGUCGACCGAAUGGACGUCCAAACCAUAAUGGCCGCGUUCGUAUACUUUUACAUUAGAAAUUUUGUCGAAUUGAGCACAAGUUUAGGCACUGGAAGGUUGUUAGGUAAAAUCGAGUUGAUGAACGACGAAGAUUUAGUUACGGUGUUAACCGGCAUUAAACGUUUAGCGGGAGAGAGAGGGUUAGAUAUCAUGGAGUUGCUCAUGCACAACGGGGCACCGAACUUGUAG